AUGUCAAGGGGAAAGGAGAUUGUGGCCAUUGCUCUGGCUCUGAUAGGAUGGAUCACUGCUGUUGUUGCCUGUGUUCUGCCUAUGUGGAAGGUCUUAGCUGUAACUAAAGCUGGUACUGGCAGAGCCCAAAUCUGGGAAGGCCUCUGGAUGGUCUGUGUUGUGCAGAGCACUGGACAGAUACAGUGUACAGCCUACAACUCCAUGCGGGCUCUACCUUCAGACCUGCAGGCAGCCCGAGACAUGAUUGUCAUCGCCAUCAUCACAGCUCUUCUGCCUUUGACGCUCUCCUUUAUGGGUGCAAAGUGCACUGACUGUGUUAAGGACAAAGCAUUAAAGGCGAACGUCAUGAUUAUCUCUGGGGUCUUGUUCACUAUUGUUGGUUGUCUGGUGCUCCUCUCUACAUCCUGGACAAGGAACACCACCAUCCAGGAUUCACAGCACAGUGAUGUUGGAGCAUCAUUCAACGUUGGCUUUGUAGCUGCUGUCCUGCUCAUGACUGCAGGGCUCCUACAAUGCUGCACUGGCCCUCCAAGGAAGAGAAGGUAA